UGUACCGUCUGCUGUGCGGCGUACCGCCUCUUAAUGCUGCAGCGUUUUUCCUGGGGUUUCUGACGCCAGCACAGCUAGCACUUUACACGUGGCGGGUAGGACGCUACUGAGCUAGGGAAACCCAGCUUCGUGACAUUAUGGUACAUUCUUUCUAGAGGAGUGGAGGAGGAAAUGGGAAGCAGCUUGUAGAGCACGUAGCACAGUGUCAGGCACAUUUUAGGUGUUCAGAACGUGUCAGCCAGUGUCAAGUAUCUGCAAAACGUUGAAAGAGACCCGAACGCCCUGCGGCUCGUAGCUUCACGUCGGGAGUAACAACCCAUACCUCCCUCAUUGACUCCGGGGACAUUCCCAUGCCUGCCACCCCUUUCCCUUGCGUGUGCUCGCGCAAUCCGUCUGCUUCGCUUCUCAUCCUGUUUGACGCUUGCUGCGCGCCGUCGAGAACUCCGUGCGUUGCCACAGAGACCGUGAGCGCCGAGAGGGGAGCGGUGGAGUUCAGCCGAGACUCCGGGCUAGUGGGGACUACAGCGCCAUGUCUUUCCGCGACCUCCGCAGGACUGAUGAGGAUAAGGGAAGCCAAAUGCCUUUGCCAGAAGGUUGGCGAAGUGGAAGAAUGGAGAAAAGAGAGUUAUUACUACUUUCACGCUAGAUUUUACAGAGAUGAUGAGAGCCUUGGGUUACCCUCGACAUAUUUCUAUGGAAAAUUUCCGCACACCAAAUUUUGGACUUGUGUCUGAAGUUCUUCUCUGGCUCGUGAAAAGGUAUGAGCCUCAGACUGAUAUCCCUUCUGAGGUUGAGACGGAACAAGACCGAGUUUUCUUCAUCAAGGCAGUUGCCCAGUUCAUGGCCACCAAGGCACAUAUAAAACUCAAUACUAAGAAACUGUAUCAAGCAGAUGGGUAUGCAGUGAAAGAACUAUUGAAGAUUACUUCUAUCCUUUAUAAUGCUAUGAAGACCAAAGGGAUGGAGGGCUCUAAAAUAGGAGAGGAGGAUAUCAGCAAAUUCAAGUUUGAUCUUGGUUCAAAGAUUGCCGAUUUGAAAGCAGCCAGGCAGCUUGCUUCUGAAAUCACCUCCAAAGGAGCAUCUCUGUAUGACUUGCUGGGCAAGGAGGUAGAGUUGAGGGAACUGAGAACAGAAGCAAUUGCCAGACCUCUGGAAAUAAACGAGACUGAAAAAGUGAUGAGAAUUGCAAUAAAAGAUAUUUUGGCACAGGUUCAGAAGACUAAAGACCUGCUGAAUAACGUGGCCUCUGACGAAGCUAAUUUAGAAGCCAAAAUUGAAAAGCGGAAAUUAGAACUGGAAAGAAACCGGAAGCGACUCCAGACUCUGCAGAGUGUCAGGCCAGCCUUUAUGGACGAAUAUGAGAAGAUUGAGGAAGAAUUGCAAAAGCAGUAUGACAUUUAUCUGGAAAAAUUUCGAAAUCUGGCUUAUCUGGAGCAACAGCUUGAGGAUCAUCACAGGAUGGAGCAAGAGAGGUUUGAAGAAGCUGAAAAUACUCUUCGUCUGAUGCAGAACAAACUGAAGGAAGAAGAAAAGAGACUGCUCAAGAGUGGAAGUCAGCCAGGAGAACCCGAAGCUGCCCUAAGUGAUAAGCCUGCAUGGAGUGUAUGCCCUCCUGGGAGGCCUGGCACAGGUAAUAACGACUCAGACAUUGACAUCCAGGAUGACAAUGAAUCCGACAGUGAACUGGAAGAGAGGCGGCUGUCUAAGCCGCGGACAGCCAUGGAGGUGCUCAUGCAAGGAAGACCUAACAAAAGCAUCGUGGGCACAAUGCAAGGUGGAGACUCUGAUGAUGAUAUGGAAGGACCACCAACUCUGUUAGGUAAAGGCAAGACCUCCAGCUCCAAGAAGCAGGAAGACUCAGAGGACAGUGAAAUUGACAUGGAAGAUGAUGAAGAUGAUGAAGAUUUGGAAGACGAGAGCAUUGCUCUUUCCCCAGCUAAACCUACUCGAAGGGUCAGGAAACCUGAGCCCCUGGAAGAGAGUGACAAUGACUUCUGACCUUCUUAUAAGGGACCCAUGCAGAUUAAAACCCUCAGACUGGUAGGUAAAUGGCAAUGUAGAAGUUUAGGAAGGACACAUAUUUUGUUCUCCAAGCCAGUUGGGCUGACUGUUAGUGAAGUAUUACCUAUUAUUGCUUUAGCCUACUAUUUUCAUGGAGUGUAACUCCAUGAAAUUUAAACAAGAAUUUGUUUAAAUUAGGGUCAGAACAAACCUUAAAGAUUAUUUUUUUGCCUUAUUUAUGUCCUAAAACUUGAGAAAUGCAUGUGUUCUUAGUGAGUCACACCCACAGGACAAAAACUCAAGGAGAAGUAAGUUUCUAUGUCAGUGAGGCAGACCUGGGACUGGGCAGUGCACAGGGACUCAUUUCAGGAGUAGUGGCAGACCAGUAAUCACUUGUACAAUUUAGAGGCUGUUAUUUUAGCCCCUAUUUCAUUUUAUAGUUUUAUUUUUCCUUCUGCAUGCUUACAAUACCAAGCUUUAAAUGUAUUUUACUAAAAUUUUCUGAAUGAAAGUUAGCUAAAUAAGAUGAAAACCAAGUUUUCUUGAUAAUCAGGCAACAGAAAUGCUCCUGGUUACAAAGUCUCCAUUUUCUCUCAGAAGGCUAACAUUCCUCCUUAGGAAAGCAAAUUAAGGAAAAACUGUUAGUACAAAUUUGUGUUUCUAACUUAAAAAAUAAACCAGAAUUGAAUUAUGUGGAGAACACUAGAAUUUCCCUACUGUGAAAAGAAAAGUUAUAGGUGGCAUUGUGUUUUUUGUUUUUGUUUGUUUUUUGGAAAGCACAGAACAGUUUUUAUUUGUUUUUCUUUUUUUACAUUUAAAAAAAUAUAUUGUCUUUAUUAUAUUUUUCCAUUACCAUUUAGUCCCCUUAUACCUCUCUCCCCUCAGCAGUCACUACACUGUUGUCCAUGUCCACAUCCUUCAUUCGUUUUUCAGUUAUAAAGUCAGAAGACUUCUGAAGUGACUUUUCUUAAUAAAUGUAUUUAAUAGCAUAUUUUUACAUUAUUAAAUGUUUUACUUGAAAAUAUAAUUUUGUUUAUUUGCAACAAUAAUACUCGAGAAAAGUUCACAGAUUAGUAUGGUACAUGUCAAUUUUAGACUAUGUGACAGUUAUGUCAUAGUUGCUUUUUUGUCUUAUCUUUUCCUAAUUUUAUGUAUAAGAUUACCCCUUUUUUUAAACAUUCGGCAUUCAGUUAAUCCCUCAGUAAUUUGGAACAUGCCAUUUUUGAAACAAUAAACUAAAUGGGAAAUAGAUGU